AUGCUCUCCUGCCUCCUCAUUCAACGCGUCGCUGCACGCGUCCCUCUGCCGUCUCAUAAUGGUGCUGUGUUCGCUGGGGUGCUCCGUGCCGCGGUGAGCGCGCGCCAGCCCCUCGCUGUCCGGGCGUUCUCGUCGACUGUGCUGGUGUCCGAGCCUGCGAAGGCCACGUCGACUGGCGCCGACGCCGAAGAGGACGACGGGAAAGCCAAGGGGAAGGCUGCCCAGACCGGUGCUGGCAAGACCUCGGGGGCGAAACUCACGGCCGAGGAGAAGGCCAAGGCGAAGGAGGUGAAAGCAAAGGCGAAGGCGAAGGCGAAGGCGAAGGCGGACAGCGAGAGGGCGAGGAAGAAGGCCAAGGCCGCCCAAGCACGAGCGGCGCCGUUCGAGGAGAAGCUGGCGAAGACCAAGCUGGGCGUGAUCAAGGUCCCCAAGGAGUACUUGCCGCCGAAAGAACCGUCGUCCUCUUUCAUGGUGUUCCACAAAUCUCGGCUCACGGACGUCUCAAACCUUGGGAUGGCGGAGUAUGCGGCCCUGGCCAAGGAGAGUGGUCAAAAAUGGCGCAACAUGUCCGACUCAGAGAAGCAGCCGUACAAGGCAGCUGUGGAGGAAGCAAGAGCGAAGUAUGUCCAGAAGUACAGGGAGUGGAUGCUCAAAGCCGACCGGCGUCUCGUGAAGGCACUGCGGAAGCAGGCUCCGCACAAGUACAGUAUGCCGCGCGAGAUCAAGAAGGAGCUCUGGGUCGCCCCGAGCCGUAGCGGGUACUUGGUGUACAAGACCGAGCAUCAGGGUCUCCACAAGGAAUUCAUGGGCAAGAAGGAUUUCGCGUCGAUUGCACGGCAGGUCGCAGACCAGUGGAAUGCAUUGCCUGUGGAAGAGAAAGAGCGGUACAAAGAGCUCGCUCUCAAGCGGGCGUUGGAGAUCACUGCGGCGCGAAGCCAGACUGCAGCGCCUUAG